AUGAACCAGUUGUCCCAUAUCAGCUUCCUCCAGUCGAAUCUGAACCACUGUGCAGCGGCUCAGGACCUUCUGCUGCAGUCCAUAGCAGAGUGGCAAAUAGAUGUGGCGGUGGCAUGCGAGCCCUACUACGUCCCUAACCAAUCUCAUUGGGUGGGAGAUUUAGACGGCUCGGUGGUGGUUGUGACCGGGAACAAUACCAGUACCCCACUCUCUGCGAUAGAAAGUGGCCCGGGUUAUGCGGUGGCAAAAUGGGGGGAAUUCGUCAUUAUAGGGACGUAUUUCUCGCCCAAUCGUAGCCUGGCUGAGUUUGAGGCCUACCUUGACUCAGUCAGAGCAGCUGUCCUCAGACAAACGGGUGGGCGCGUCAUCGUCCUCGGUGACCUUAACGCAAAGUCUCGGGCGUGGGGGAGUCCCUCCACCGACGAAAGAGGACGGGCUGUGCAGGUCUGGGCUCUCCUUUCAGGCCUAUCUCUACUCAAUAGAGGAGCGGUGAAUACAUGUGUGCGGCAGCAGGGUGGAUCUAUAGUCGAUCUCUCGUUCGCCAUACCCGCAGUUGCUGGAAGAGUCACCGACUGGAAAGUGGAGGAAAAUGUGGAGACUCUCUCAGACCAUCGAUAUAUCCGCUUUGGGAUUUCCAACACAUCUGUAUCGAGGAACUCGCGAGAUUAG